AGGUGAAUCUAUCCAACUUGGAGCACAGCCUCAGGGAUGGUGAACGAGUAUAUAAAAGCUAGUAAAUCUAAGAUUGAUUUACUUCUGUCUAUCGUCUCGACUCUGCAAUCCCGAGAGACAUCGUUACUAUUCAUCCAUCAUCAGAAUGGAUCACGUGAUAAACGCAACGAUCCUCCUGCUACUUUUCAUGGCAUCGUCUUCCGGUUAUUCUGUCGAGCAAGAUUUUGAUUCCGAGGAAAGUUGUCAUUCUACGAUUGUACGGCCACAGAGAUACUCGAAGCAAGUGCGAGGCUAUCAUAUCAGGGAAGAAAGGACGGACGAUUCUGUUCGAAGGAACAGAAAUCGAGAAUCAAGAUCGACGGAGACGGUCGAGCAAAUUCAUAAUUCGUACCAGGAGCCUACAAAAGACCAGCAGACGGAAGCGGCAAACCAUUCUCAAGAGAUCUCUCUCAAUAGCGAUCAGAUCGAAAUCGGAGAAACUUUGAUGACAGAGAAGACUUACAUCCCAGAGAGCAACGAAAUAACCUUGCUUGGAGUCCAUUCCAAGGAUCAAGUAGUUCUAGAUCAUCACGAGGACCCGCACAAAUUGGUGACAGUGAAGAAAAUACCUGUACCCUAUCCCGUGGAGAAAACGAUACGAUAUCCGAUAGUGAAGAACGUGCCUUAUCCUGUCAAGGUACCAGUACCCCAACUUUAUCCAGUGGAGAAGAAGGUGCCAUAUCCGGUCAAAGUUUUCAUCAAGGUCCCGCUCAAAAUACCAAAACCUGUGCCAGUGAUUAAAGAGGUACCUUAUCCGGUCCAGGUACCCGUGGAUCGUCCGGUGCCUGUCAGAGUCUACGUUCCUGAACCUUAUCCAGUUGAAAAGAAGAUCCAUUAUAAAGUAAAAGUACCGGUGCCCGAACCGUUCCCUAUCGAACGAAAGAUACCUGUACCGAUAAAGGUGCCUGUAGAGGUUGUUCAACCGUAUCCUGUCGAAAAGAGGGUCCCCUAUCCGGUGAAGAUAGAGGUUGAGCAACCGAUACCUGUACCAGUAGUUAAGCCGUAUCCCGUGCCCGUGCCCAAGCCGGUUCCUUAUCCUGUCGAUAAACCGGUACCUGUACCCGUGAAAGUUAAGGUUCCACGACCAGUACCUGUGCCGGUUGAUAAACCUGUCUUCGUCAAAGUGAAAAUCCCUGUACCGGCACCCUAUCCGGUGGAAAAAGAGGUACCUUAUCCUGUCGAAAAACCUGUACCUGUACCGGUGAGGGUACCAGUCGAGCGACCAGUACCCGUACAAGUGCCUAAACCUGUGCCCUACCCUGUAGAGAAGCCAGUCCCUUAUCCCGUUAAGGUGCCAGUUGAGAUACCAGAGGAGGAGGCAUCGGUCGUAGACGAGGCUGGGAUCGAAAGUGAUUGGAAGGAGUGAAUAUGGACAGAAGAUGUUAGGAUAAUUGAUUAGUCAGCGCGAGAUUUGAAGAGUCGAAAAAUUUUUAUUUUUCUCGAAGAAAAGUUGAAAGUAUGAAUUUUUCAUAUUUUCAUAUUACUUUGAUAUUUUUCAUAAUUUCAACAUUAGGAAUAAAGUGCAGUCCCUGUAACUGUAUUUAUGAGUAUAAUUAUGCAUCGAUAAGUACAGUGCACAGUACAAGUGCAUUUAAGCGUAAUUCUUAUCGUUUCUAUUAUUAAUAGAAUUCGCAUUGCACGAGAGAUUGUAUGUGAAAAUAAACGACUAAAAAUAA